AACAAGAUGCACUUCUCUGAAUUUGACAUCAAUAAGAUGAGUAAGGCGAUGUAUGUUGCACCUCAAUGAAAAAAAAUGAGAAGAAGAAAGAUAAUUUGUUAACGUCAUGAAUUAAACAGGAAGGACAAUGUGAGGUUUUUCUAGACAGGUUGAGUCAGACUAUGAGGAGGUUUGGUCAUCUUGUGUGUUUUAAUCAUAUGAGCUCCUUAGACGAUGUCUGUAGGUGUACAAUGCAGUGUAGUUUUAUAGAUAAACAUCCUCACAUGAGACCCUCGCAGUUAUCUGCUAACCGUCUAUGACGGCCAAACACUUGUGUGUUUUUCUUUCCUCUAAUACGCAGAUCCGGCUUUAUGAUGAUGAGGGGAAGUUUUAGAAGAGCCAUUCUUUUCUUUGUCCUCCUCUAAUUUUUUUACUUUUCCUGUUUCUCACGUUGCUGUAUUUCCUUCUAUUAAAGUGCACUGAGACAGGAACUGCCACCCCUGCCUGCCUCCCACACGCUUUUUUUCUGCCUCUCUCACUUUUAGAUACUUCUCACCCUUUAGUGUUUGACAGUGAACGUGCUUCUCUCUUUGCCAGUGGGCAGUCUGUUUCGGUGUGGAUGCUUCAGACCUGUUUUUGUCUUUAGUGGGACCUGGAACCACAUUGAUCUUCAGCGGAGUGGCUUCAGCAUAGUUGUGGUCUCAAAAUGGAAGCAGAAGCUCUUUACAACUUCUGUGCCACUGAAAGCGACGAGCUGAGCUUUUACAAGGGAAAUGUACUUAAGAUAACUAAUAUGGAAGAUGAUCCUAACUGGUACACAGCAGAGUUGGGGAACAAAAAGGGCUAUGUGCCGAAAAACUAUAUCAGUCUAAGGCCACACACAUGGUUUGCAGGCCGUAUCUCCAGACAAGUGGCUGAGAAUCGACUGCGUCAGCGCGAGUGUGGAAGCUUCUUAGUGCGAGAAAGUGAGAGCGCACCCGGUGAAUUCUCCAUAUCAGUAAGUUACGGUGAUCAUGUACAGCAUUUCAAGGUGUUAAAGGAUAGAGACGGCUAUUACUUUGUUUGGGAGGAGGUCUUCCCUUCCUUAAAUCAGCUUGUGGAGUACUACAAGACCUACAGCAUUGCAAGGGAAAGGACCGUGUUUCUUAGCGAUACAGAACAAACACAAAAAAGGCCGCAUCAUGCACAUGCACUGUUGGACUUCAAUCCACAACACAAUUCCCAGCUGCACUUCCUGCGGGGUGAUGUCAUAGACCUGCUGGACUGCUCUGAUUCCCAACGCUGGAAAGGUCGUUGUCGUGGAUGUGUGGGCUAUUUUCCUAAAGAAUACGUGCAGCCUAUUUAUCACUGACUAUCAAGGAUGAUGCGAUACAUAAUAACACUGAAUGUACAUAUUAUGGUUUAAUGUGAAAGACUUAAUCGUUUGUUUGAUAAAGACUCUGAAAUAAUCAAACAGACAAAAAUUUAUUUGUUCAGCCACAGUUACUAAACAACAAACACACUGCUGACACUAAAAGAAUACUUUGUUGCUUUUUAGCCUCUAAACUGUCUACUAUGAAGCAUGACUAUAUGCAAAAUAAUCACCAUAUAUACUUCACAUAGAUUGCUUACUUACAAUUCAGGAUAUUUUGUUAACGCAUUCUGCUGUUUGUUUUUACCUUUUCUUUUAAUCUGUGCUGUAUUUAUUAUACACCUUUCUUUUUUUGUGUGUAUAUAUUGUUUAUAACUGUGUUGUCUUGUUUUUUUCGAUUAUGAAAAUAUUAUCACUGUGAUGACAAAAUGAAUA